AUGAAUCUAACUCCUUAGCCAAGGAAAAGUAAAUGGUAUGAAAGGGCAAGGCCUUCAACAGUCUUUGGAAAUUAAUCAGUAAGCCCAAUAAGGACAAGUAAAGAAAAUAAUCAUAUUUAUGAAAGCAAUUCACACCUUAUAUAGAAUUCAAAUGCAAGCGAAAUAUUGUCAAGUAGCAUACACAGUGUUUAGAAUUUCAAUUAAGACUUCAUUAUUCCUUAAUCUAUCAAUUUAAGCUAGAUUAAUUAGAUAUCUAAUAAUAACAGCUAGAAUAAUUCUAUGCUGCAAUCGUAAAGCAUCCUUUUUAAAUCAUAAAAUCUGCAAAGCCAACUGGAUAAAUCUCGAUUAUAAAAAACUCCAGAUUAAUUAAAGACAGCCAAAAGAGGGCUAAGAAGUAUAUCUGAUAUUGAUGAUAAGCAAUCCACAAAAAAAAAGCCAAUUAGUAUUUCUUAAAUACGUAGAAAUCGCUUACUUGAUUUAGUUGUUACUAAAAACUAUGAAUUAGUUAGAAUGGCUACUUUGAAGCAAGCAUUUAGAUAGAUUAAAAAAAAUUAUAACAAAUAUCAGAUCUAUACUAUAGCUUUCAACAAAUUGCAUAGAGUAAUUAGAAUACAUCCAUUCGAAAUGAUGUCUUUCGCCCUCAAGAAAAUAUAGUUUUACGAACCAGAUACUCAUUAAACCUUGCUGAAGUAUUCAAAAAAGAAACCUAUUAGUGAAAAAAUAUAAAUAACUGUUACUUAGUAUGAUGAAGAAAAGGGAAGACUUGCAAAUCGCUGCAAUGAAGACCUUCAACAAUACUUAAAUUUAUAUGAAACACCUUAGCAAAAAAUACCAAGCAAAUAGUUUAUCAAAGCCUUUGGAUGCAUGAAAAUAGCUAGCAUAUAAUAAUUAAUAGAAGAUAAAUAAUUUAAAUAAAAGGCCAUAUUUUUUAUUAAGCUGGCAUCGUAGUAUUCUUCUUGUACAAGAAUACCUCUAAUAGAAUAAAAUGGAUAUUCAGCUAGAAAAACUCAAUCUAAAUCUCCAAUAACUACCUCAAGGGCUGUAGAAAAAACAAACACUUAGAUUAAUAGCAGUAAUAAUUUAAUUCCUAGCAUAGUUAAUCAGUAAAAGUGGAGACCUUCAACAUAAGUUUUAGCUCGUAUUAAUAAAAGCUUGUUAGGUUCUAGCAUUUUAUUAGAUAAAAAAGGAUCAAUAUUUAUAGAUCCGUUGAAAAAGUAAAAAGAGUAGAAUAAUAUUCAAAUAUCCGAACAAUCAUCUUAAUCUGAAUAAAAUGAUCAAUCAUCAACUCCACUAAGUAGCAUGUCAAGUACUAGAUUUGUUUUACAGUCCAAUUAAGACAGUCAACAAGAUUCUUAUUAAAAUUCAGAAAAUAAAAAAUUGAAAUUUUAGCUCAAAAAAGCUUCACCUUAACAGAUUUUAUAAGAAACAUUUAGGAAAAGCAGCAACAGAAAUGAUAAAUAGUUCUCUAGAAUACUAAGUGAAUUUUAUUACAAAAAGAUGAGUUAAUAUUUUAUAGCAAUCAAAAAUUACUAAAGAGUAUGUACCUCACCAAUAAAAUCAAGCUAUGUUCCUUCAAAUAAAUUUACAACAAACAAUUCUAAUUUAAGUCCAAAUUCUAAAUUAUUAGAAAGAAGUUUUGAAUAAAGGAAAAGUUUUCAAUUCAACAGUCCCUCUUUUAAAAAUUGUAAUAGCAGUUAUAACAAUAGUCAUUAAAAUAAUUUAGAUACUGCAAAUUUCCAUAGAAUUAGUCUAAAUCCUGUUUAAUUUUUGAGAUAAGCAGAAGAAGCUGGCAUCAGAUAAACUGUUAGCUAUCUAGAAAAUAAUAAUACUAGAAACUAACUUUUUGAGUCUAUAGACUUAAAUAAGUAAUUUAGCUAAAAUACUGUAGUAUGGAGACCAUUUUAGCAAGAAUAGGAUAGCAUUGUAGAGCAGUAAUUGGUGUCAGUUUAGUCUCCAAUAACAAAUAAUUUAAACCAAAUGAGGAACUAAUUCUUUUAGGUUUAAAAAGUUGAAGAGCAGGAAGAGUCUCAUAAAGUCAAGUAAAUUGAAUAAAAAAAGGAUAAAAAGCCUUUAAUAUACGAAGAAAAGAACUAAAUAAGAAACGAAGUUUAAGAAGAGCUGAGAAAUAGGAGAAUAUCAAAAGGAAUGGAUAGACUAAUAGAAACUUUACUUAAAAAGAAGGAAAUGAAAAUGAUUAAAUAUAUUGACAUCUAUGUUAAAUACGAGUUAGUCUGCUACAUGGCAAGCCGUGUAGUAAAUUCUGUUAGAAUUCGUAAUCUAGUUGGAGCAUUCAUGAAAAUCAGUAGCUAUGGAAAUAGCAAAUUUAAUAAAAAGGAAAAGAUUGACAGAAUGUUUUACCAUCUUGAUUGCUAGUUGCAUCAGAAAAAGAGGUCGGCAUUCUUUUAAAUUUAGAGAGCAGCUAUAGAUAAUAAAGCACUUUAGACUUAAGUCAGAUCUUUGUUAAUUUUCAUAUAGAAUAAAGAAUAUUAGAACAAAAAAACUGCCUUCAAUAACUUAAGGUCUCUUUACACAGUUUCAAGAAAUUUUGUGAAGGGUAAAUUUAGCUAAUAUCACUUUUUAGCUAUGAAGUUAUAAGAUGUAUUUAGGAAAAUUGCUGAGAGAAAGAAGAGGGAGUGUUUAAAUUCUCUCUACAAACUAAAUAUGUAAUUAGAAAAUUGUAACAACAAAAAGAAUUUUCUUUUAAAAAAAGUAUUUUGCAAUUUGAUUAAAACUAGAAUUUAACAAGCAUUUUCCUAAAUUCAAAUAUCAUCUAAGCAGAUUUAUUUGGCUAAUGCUAGGAAGAGGGCUGCUAUUUUAACUAUCAACUCAUUGCUGAGAAAUAAAUAAAAGCACUACUUAAAGAGUGCUUUUUUAUCUUUAAAUUAAGAAUAAUAAAUUUAAAAAAACAAAGAAAUAAUUAAGAAAUUGAGUGAAAGUGGUGCUAAAAAGUAUGAAUAAUCAAAAUCACUUAAUAACAAGGCAAUAGCUUACCGUAUUUAAGGGGUUUUGUAAAAGUUAUUUUAGAACCGUAAGUAAGAUGCAUUCAGAAAGUUAUUCUAAAUUAAAUAAAAGAGAAACGAUUUGUAAUAGAAAAGACUUGGAAAAUUGAGUGAAAUAUUUGUUAAAAUAUUUAAUAACCGCCAAUAAAAACUUUAAAGUGAUGCAUUUAAUUAGAUCAAAUGGGCUUGUAAAAACACUUUUGUUAAAAGGCGUUUAGCAGCUUCUUUAUUCAGUAACUUUUUCCAAAAGAAAUUAAAGGAAAAUGUAAAUUUUGCUAUAACCUACUUAAAAAGCAAUAGGCUAGUUGAUGCUUACUAGAGCAAGCAAAGAAAAAUUUAGUCAAAAAGUUUCUACUUAAUGCUUAGUGUUAAGCUUAAAGCAGUCUUUGAUAAUCGUAAAAAAUAAAAUAUUAGCUAUGGAUUUACUUAUAUUAAAAAUGAAAUAAAAAAAUAAAAAUUAAUUCAGAAUAUGUCAGAAUUAAUAAAUAAAAUAAUUUUAAGAGAUGGUGUUGAAAUUUUAAAAUAAAAUGAUAAAAAAAUACAAACAAUAUAAAAAGCUGUUAAAAAUAUGUAAAAAAUGAAAGAUUUUACAGAAAAGGAGAAUUUUAAUUUCUUUUGGAAUAAACUUCUUAGAAUAAAAUAGAUUGAUAAAUAAAAUGCUAAUAAGAUGCUUGUAAUUUUCAUGGUAUUGUAAAAUAUCUUCAAUAAAUAAAAAAGAAAUGCUCUUUUUUCAAUUUAGAAGCAAAGCAAGAAUGCAGAAAUAAGAUAAAAAGCCUCUCGUAAAUUAGGAUUUAAAUUAUUUAUGCUUGAAAGAAGGUUACUAGUUGAUUCAUUUAUUAAAAUAAAGCAAUACAGUGAAGCUAAAACUAAAACGAUUAGGAGAUUAGUCUCCAUUUUAAGGGUUCCUUAUUAUAAUUUAAUUAAGUAGUCUUUUGAAACAAUUCGUGACUACGAUUUAGAUACUUAUCAAGAUAUCAAAUAAUCAAAUCAGUUUGUGGCAUAACAAAUACAAACCUUCAUAGAGUAAGAUAACAGAUACGUAUCUCCUUUGAGCAAGAGAGAGAUAAUGCAACAGUAGAAUGAAUUAAAUUAAGUAGACCCAACUCUUUAAUAAGCCAAUAGAUCUUCAUUUAGCUAAAUUUAAAACUACUAAUAAUAAGGAAUGCAGUAAAUCAUACCUUCUCCUUCCACCGAUCGUACGAUAAAGCUUAAUACUUCUACUCCUUUUAGAUUGAGUACAAUAAAAAUCCAGCAACCUAUUUUGAUUUCUUAGGAAGAAAUGGCUUAAAGACUAAGAUAGAGGUAUUCAUAUUUAGCAAAUAUAUUAAAUCGUAAGUCUAAACUAGGCUUAAAAAGAUUAAUUUAAAAUGCUUUCGAAUAAAUUAACUUGGUCAGCUAGCAACGUAGCUCUCUUAUGUAAAUUGUUUCUAAUAUUUCCAUCAGAUAGUAAUAGGAAUAUUUAAGCUAUGCAUUCAAUCAAAUGAAAGAAUUGAGCUCUUAGAAGAGAAAAGCUUAAUAAUUUGUAUCAAAAUUAGCUAAAAUAUUGAAAAAUGGAAUACUACUUCCAAAUUAUCUCCAUUUUAUCAACAUUUUGAAAGAAAAUUAAAUGAGCAAAAUAUAUGUUGAGACAUAUCAAAAUUUAGAAAUCAGCUAAGCAAAAAAAAGAGCAAUUUAAGCUUCUUAAAAGCAAGGAGAAAUUUAGGUAAUGAACGAAGUUUUACAAUCUAUGAAUGAUCUUAACAACAAAUAAAAGUAAUUAUAUACUCGUGUAGUUUAUUUAGUUGAAAAUGCUGCUCUCGAAGCUAAAAAGUAAGCCUUUAAAUAGCUGAAAUUAAUUAAUUAUUCAACUAAGCUAGAUAAAUUUGCAAGUGUAUUAAACAAAUUCUAACAAUAGAAUCAAAUAUAUAAUUUAUCUUGUGCUCUUAACUAAAUAAGAUAAGUGGGAAAUAUUUACUAUAAAUCGAAGGCUUUAACUAUAUUCUGUCUAAAACUGUAACUGAUUUCUUCUAAAAAAAUCCUGUAACAGAAAUAUGAAGGUCUUUUCUCUAUUUCUGAAUACAGCGCAAGCGUUUUGGAAAAAAGAAAUUACAAAGAAAUUAAAAGGAAUGCUUUAGGAAAGAUUCUAACUAAGCAAAGACAAAAACAUCUUUUCUAAUCAUUCUUUUUAUGGAGAAAAAUGACUAAGGAGUAUAAUAUGAAGAAAUCUCUUGAGUAAGAAUCAGUAAAUAAUGAUCUUUAUUUUGAAGUUAUGUCAUUUUUAAACCAAAGAAAGAGCUUUGAAAUUGCUAUUGACAGUGAACUCAAAAAAAUUUAAAACACAGCAUUUAAAAUGCCAUUGCUUGAGAGUGAUAAGAAAAACACUUUUAAAGGUUUGUCAAGUUCCAAGAAAGAAACAAAUUUAGUAAAUUCAAACUUUAAGUUAAACUCAGCCUAUAAAGAAAAUGAUAGAAGCAGAUCCAUUAAAACUUAAAGCUCAAGUUUAAAUGUUACUUCAUUUUACCCUGAAAGCAGUGGGUAAAAUUAGAACGAAAAAAAAUAUGAUAGUGGAGAUUAUAUUAUGGAUAGUUAUCAUAUUUAAUUAUAAAGUUAAAAAAAGCAACUAUACAAUCAAUUUAUCAAUCCUUCUAAAGUUUUCAGCCCUUAAGAAAACGAAAUUGAUAAUAAUAAUAAUUAUUUAAAUAACAAUUUGUAAUUUAUUCCUUCCGGAAUUCCUAUAAUUGAAGAAGACGAUGAUCAUUAAACUAAUCAACUAACUAAUUAAAAUGCAAACAAUUUAAAAAGUUUUGAUGAACAGCAUAUUGAUAAAAUAAAUGCUGAAAAGGUGAAUGAUUUUUCAUUUACUGAGCAAGAGCAUUGUAAAUAUUGA